GGCUGAGUUUCCGGGAUUCAUCCGCUCCACGCUCGGCGCGGUUAAUGGAAAGGAAGUGAAGGCGCGAGCGCACAGUGCAGGCGGGAGGCGCCACGCGCUUAUUGUCUGCAGCUUACAGGGGAAACUGAACCACAUCACCGCCGCCGGUUACUUCUGCACGCUUCUUUUCUACCAUGUCUGGAGUCAUCCGAGGCCCUGCUGGUAGCAAUGACUGCCGGAUUUAUGUGGGAAACCUUCCGCCUGAUAUCCGCACCAAAGACGUCGAGGAUGUGUUCUACAAAUACGGAGCGAUCCGGGAUAUCGACCUAAAGAACCGACGCGGAGGGCCACCGUUCGCCUUUGUCGAGUUUGAAGACCCCAGAGAUGCAGAGGAUGCUGUUUGUGCUCGGGACGGAUAUGAUUAUGACGGCUAUCGGCUUCGAGUGGAGUUUCCCAGAAGCGGUCGUGGUAUGGGGAGAGGGGGCUUUGGUGGAGCUCCGAGAGGCCGCUAUGGACCUCCAUCCAGGCGAUCCGAAUAUAGAGUCAUUGUUUCAGGUUUACCGCCGAGCGGCAGUUGGCAGGAUCUGAAGGAUCACAUGCGUGAAGCAGGCGAUGUAUGUUAUGCUGACGUUUUCCGAGAUGGGACCGGUGUGGUGGAGUUUGUGCGCAAAGAAGACAUGACCUACGCUGUCCGAAAACUGGAUAACACUAAAUUCCGAUCACAUGAGGGGGAAACCUCAUAUAUCCGUGUGAAAGUGGACGGCCCACGCAGUCCAAGCUAUGGAAGAUCGAGGUCUCGGAGCCGCAGUCGCAGCAGAAGUCGCAGUCGCAGUAACGAGCGUAGCCGCAGCUACUCGCCUCGGCGUGGCCGAAAUUCCCCACAGUACUCCCCUCGGCACAGCCGCUCUCGCUCCCGCUCAUAAGCCUUCCAUUCACCACCGCUGUGGUGCUUUGGGUUUCCUUCCCUGUUUUUGGUGAAGCUGUUGAGUCAGUUUUUGUUUUUACACCCCUCCUUUUUUUAAAAUUUUAGUUUUAGUGUCUUCCUUAUUUUUACCGAUCGUCCUCUCUUCCUGUCCUCGACCCACACUUCUUAACCAUCGACACCCGUUUAUUUUUUUACGAUGCUUUUUAAAGGACUAUGUCGACCCCCGUCACAUUCUCACCUUUCCUUUGUCCUCUUUUGAAUACAAGACGGAACUCUCAUUGACCAAACAAAGAGUUGUUCAAUGCCUCUGAAUAUUUUUGUAAAUGCCAUCUUCUGUCGUUCAUGAGUGAGCUCACGUGUGUUCUACCCUUUUGUCUUCCUGUAGUCAUUUGUCAAGAAGGAUGAUCUGAUACGUUGUAAUAAAGAAUUGCUGAAUCAUUCGAGUUAUAGGUUUAAAUACAUAUAACCAGUCAGCUCUGUUUCUUUACCAGCAAAUCAGAGGGAAAUGGUGCUUCCUCUGGUACAGAAGUAUUGUUGUUUGUGUUUUUUUUGUAUUAACUGAAUGUUUCAUGUUUAUUCUAUACUUUUACAUCCAAUCUGAUGUCAGGCUGCUUAAUCAAGGUAGACAUUCACUCUAAGGCCAUGAUGAGGUUUAUGUGUAGAGGACAUGGAUGCUUAUCUCAAUAAAUCUCAUUUUCAUUGUGAUGUCCAUUA